GGCCUGGCAUUGCUUCACCGGAGAGGCAGCGUGGGCCAGUAGCUAAGGGCUGGGCUUGGGAAUCGGGGGAGCUCAGUGAUCUCGGGCAAGUCACUUCCCCGCCCCGGGCCUCAGUUUCCCCACCUCCUUUUCUGAUUAGACCCAUCUUCUAUAACCCUGAGACCUCACUCCAUCCCACAGCAAAAAAUAGAACCCAGGAGUCCUGGCUCCCCCACCCCCACUCUAACCAUUAAACCUUAUUCCCUCCUAACCAUCAGCUCUGUGAUGACUGACUGGGUUGCUGGUGAGGUCACACUCCUGCCGCUGCUCCGCACUGGCUUGAAACGUAACAGCCCGUUUAAAAAGAAGUAAACGCAGCCCUUGAAAACCAGGUCUUUUCUCCUCUGAAGCCUACAAGACCCAGGCGAGGCGGAGGAAUUUAUUCAGGGCAGUUCUCCGGCUUGUGCGAUGCAGGAGGUGACAGUAGAUGACCCCAAUGGCAGGGAACUGCGGCGAAUGGGCGCUGCAGGGGCAGCCUGUGGACGGGGCAGUGCGCAGAGCCACCUGGCUGCACCUCCAUGUAGGAGCCGUAGCGGGGACAUGCCGCUUCCAGGAGCUGCUUGAGAUUUGGGGAAUCCUGGUUCAAGCAUCCAGAGCCACCAACCAGCCUCUGCUCCCUUUGUUUGGUUCGCCGCUGGGUAGUGUUGGGACCGUAGUUAGGGCUGGGAUUGUGUUCUCGCUUCUUCCGCUGGGGCCGGGUAGGCGAUUCGAAGCUCGCCCCCAGAUUCGCCCCUUUGGACCAAUGAAGGAACCCGAUGCCAUUAAACUUUUCAUCGGGCAGAUCCCACGGAAUUUGGAGGAGAAGGAUCUGAAGCCCAUCUUCGAGCAAUUUGGGAAGAUCUACGAGUUGACGGUGAUUAAGGAUAAAUACACGGGCAUGCACAAAGGAUGUGCGUUCCUGACCUACUGCGCCCGGGAAUCGGCCCUCAAGGCACAGAGUGCGCUGCAUGAGCAGAAAACGCUCCCAGGGAUGAACCGGCCGAUCCAGGUGAAGCCAGCAGACAGCGAAAGCAGAGGAGAAGACCGGAAGCUGUUUGUGGGGAUGCUGGGCAAGCAGCAGACGGACGAGGACGUCAGGAAAAUGUUCGAGCCCUUCGGGAACAUCGAUGAGUGCACGGUGCUGCGGGGGCCAGAUGGCACCAGCAAAGGCUGCGCCUUCGUGAAGUUCCAGACCCACGCCGAGGCUCAGGCCGCCAUCAACACACUGCACGGCAGCCGGACAUUGCCGGGCGCCUCCUCCAGCCUGGUGGUGAAAUUCGCCGACACGGAGAAGGAGCGGGGCCUGCGCCGGAUGCAGCAGGUGGCCAACCAGCUGGGCAUGUUCAGCCCCAUCGCCCUGCAGUUCGGGGCCUACAGCGCCUACACCCAGGCACUAAUGCAGCAGCAGGCAGCCCUGGUCGCUGCUCACUCCGCCUACCUCAAUCCCAUGGCCACCAUGGCGGCCGUCCAGAUGCAGCAGAUGGCCACCAUCAACCCCAACGGCCUCAUCGCCACGCCCCUCACGCCCCUCACCCCCUCCUCAGGUACCAGCACACCGCCCGCCAUCGCCGCCACCCCCGUGUCCGCCAUCCCGGCCACGCUCAGCGUCAACGGCUACAGCCCGGUCCCCACACAGACCACGGGGCAGCCAGCCUCCGAGGCCCUCUACACCAACGGGGUCCACCCGUACCCAGCUCAGAGCCCGGCCGCCCCCGUGGACCCCCUGCAGCAGGCCUACGCCGGGAUGCAGCACUACACAGCCGCCUACCCCGCUGCCUAUGGGCUGGUGAGCCCGGCCUUCCCCCAGCAGCCGGCCAUCCUCACGCAGCAGCCGCCCCCCCAGCAGCAGCAGCAACGGGAAGGCCCCGAGGGCUGUAACAUCUUCAUCUACCACCUGCCCCAGGAGUUCACUGACUCCGAGAUCCUGCAGAUGUUCCUGCCCUUCGGGAACGUCAUCUCUGCCAAAGUCUUCGUGGAUCGGGCGACCAAUCAGAGCAAAUGUUUCGGUUUCGUAAGUUUUGACAAUCCCACCAGCGCCCAGGCUGCCAUCCAGGCCAUGAACGGCUUCCAGAUCGGCAUGAAGCGCCUGAAAGUGCAGCUCAAGCGACCGAAAGACGCCAACCGGCCGUACUAAGGCCCCAG